AUGUUGUCCGCCGUUACAAAGAUCAGUACGGAGGAAGAGCUGCGCACAACCAAACUGUUUAAGGACGGCAUCUUCCGCAAACCAAAGCUUGCCCUGAACUGUGUCGGGGGCAAGAACGCGUUGGAAAUGUCUCGUCAACUUGAUCAGGCUGGCGUGAUGGUCACUUACGGUGGAAUGUCUAGAGAGCCUGUGACCGUUCCGACAGCAUCGCUUAUUUUCAAAGAUCUACGAUUCGUCGGGUUCUGGAUGACCCGGUGGACGAAAGAGAACGUCGACAACCCUCAGCGCAGUGAAAUGUUUAACGAAUUGUUUGGUCUUAUCGAUCGGGGAGCAUUGAAAGCCCCAGCUCACGAAAUGAUCGCGUUCGAAGACUACGAGAUGGCAGUCACCAAUGCGUUGAACAUACAAGGGUUUGUAGGGAAGAAGUAUAUUUUUAAUUUUUAA